ACGCCAGAGUUUUUACUCGUAUCUGGUCCGCGGAUUGCUCCAGGCAUCAGUCAGUCCCGAUAACGUCCACAGAUCCCUCCAAAUAUGACGAGAUCCGAUCGCCUGAUUACUGUGAUGGCCCCGAUAUUACUUGUGCAUCGACUAAGACUGGCAAGGCCAAGGCGGGCCCCGGCACUAGUGAUCAUCCGGGUUCACCGCAUCGCGGAGGCGGAGCCCGUGCUAGCAAGCCCCUCAAGCCCCUGUGCUAGCAGCCUCUCAACUCUCUACAGAGGGACCUCGCCCUGGAAAAUAGAGGCUCGACUGCCGCUAGAGCAUCCGCUUAGUGGCUCCGCUAGGGGCCGCGGACCAGGGCCGGGUGGCCUCUGGCAUGCCAAGCAUUGUUGGGCGCGGCCGUGCUCGUACAGGUACUCCAGUCUGGACGGCAAUUGCGGUGGUCGUUGGUUGGCGAGUGUGCGGGCCAAGGUACAGGCACAUCUCGACCAAACAAGCCACGCUAGCCUUGAUGAGGUCGGCAAGCUGCUUGCUUCAACACCAUCACGGAAUUGAUCAACCAUACGGGGAUUUUACUCAUGUUUGAGUCCCUCUUUAGUGGAUUGGCAGCCUCGUUUUCCGCUGGUCUCGACUCUUCCAUGGUCUCUUUUCUUUUCUUGCCUUCUCGCAGGAUUCGAUUAAGGCAAACUCAGGAAAGGAAUACGAUAGCAGCAAACGCCAACUACGACACCGAAGCCACCUGAGCUCAUCAAACGUCAGCUCCAAG